AUGAUCAAUGAAUUUGUGGCAACUUCAACCAAUACCACUUAUCCGAUGGAUCGCUCACGAUUGCCGUCGUCUGAAUAUAAAAUUCACACUCAGAUUCUUUUCGUUGAUUCAGUGAAAACUUUCAAUCUUUUAGUUCGAAACAUACGAAACACUACAUUUGAAAAAUCUGGACUAUAUCAAAAAUACUUUGUUCUACUACCAAAUUCCACGAGUUGCAUGGAAACGGUUAUUGGAGAAAUUUUGAGUUCGUGCCUAAAUCUGUUAAUUACCGAUGUGAAUAUUCUAAUUGAGGAUCAUCAAGGGAAUGUGAAUGUUUACACAUAUUUCCCUUGCACUCCGAGAAGUUGCAGAAACAGCACUCCAGUGUUUUACAAUCGUUUCAAAAAUGACAAAUUUCUGUUCAAGGAAAUGGUUUUUCCAAAUAAAAAUAAAAAUUUGUGGAAGUGUCCUCUCAAGGCAAUAGUUUGGCACAACGAACCGUUAGUAAAUGUUCGUAAAAAUCGAAUUGAUGGGAUAGAAAUUUCAUUUUUGAACAUUCUUGCUGGUUUGAUGAAUUUUUCUGUUGAACUUGUGAUGUCUCCAGAUGGAAGAGGUGAUGUUCUAAAAGACGGAACUACAUUAGGAGCUUUUAGGAUGAUUGAUGAUGGCCAAGCGGAUUUAAUGUUCGGUGGAAACAUUUGCUCCCAAGAAAGAUCAACUUUCUUGGCAAGUACUAAGGAGUAUUUAGUAACAAAACUGGAUUUUGUCCUGAAACCUACAAGAAUUUAUAGUGCUUUUGAAAUAUUAUUCAUUCCCUUCGAUGUCUCAACUUGGGUUUCUAUUGUGUUGAUAAUCGUUACAAAGUGGACGUGGACAUUUGUGAUGAAAAAAUAUAUUGGACGCAAGGCAGCAACUUUCUCCAAAGGACAAGCCUUAAGGUUUCAAAUAGUUUCUUGGCUAUUUGGAACAUUCAUCUUGCGCUGUUUGUAUGAGGGCUCAAUGUUCAAAUUCUUUUAUGAUCGUCCCUAUAGAAAGCCACCAAGGAAUAUUGAAGAAUUGCUAACUGAGGGUUAUUUCAUAGUAACGAGAGAUGGCAAUGAUUUUUUUUUCCAAACAUUAGAGCUCCGAUUCGGACAUUUGAAUGAUAGUUUCUUAUUUGAAGAACAUUGGUCAGGAGUAGUGGACAAGUUUCAUAACUCUUCAUAUGAGAAACUUGCUUUGCUAGCAUUCACAGAUUUUGUUCCCUAUGACGAAGUAACAUUGGGACAUGGCCAACGCCACAAGAAAUAUCAAACAACUGAAUUUCCUGCUAUAAAUAUUAAUAUGUGUGGAAAUUUACAAAAAUUUUCAUGUCUUACCGAAGAAAUAAACCGAAGAAUUAAUCAAUUGACAACUGCUGGUCUGUUGGAAAAGAUUUUCAAAGUAAAUCGUGGUCAAAGUGUUUGGAGUCGCAAUAGUUCGGCGAAUUUGUUAUCACUUAAUCAAUUAUUGGGAAUAUUUCAGUGCCUUGUUAUUUCUUGCAGUACGAGUAUUUUGGUUUUCUUGUUGGAAACGUUUUCAAAACAUAAUAAGUUUUUGAGGAAAUUAUUAAACAUAUUGCACUAA